CUCGUUCUGCGUGCAUCAGCUUCAGCUUCAGCUUCUGUUUCCUCUCUUCAUUCAUUCUCAGUUCUCACUUUAUUCCUCUCUGCUCCAUCUUCAUCUUCAUCUUCAUCUUCAUCUUCUUCCUCCUUCAUCCACCAUGCUUUGUAUGUAGUGUUUCUCCUUCCUCACUCUCAUGCUUCAACUUCAAACCAACAACAACAACAUCACCAUUCACCAUUAACAAGGAUAAGGACAACAAAGGACAAUAACAAUUUCACUUUCCCCCCACAAAGCUAAAACCCCUCCUACUACCUAUUCCUUCCUUCUUCCUCAAGCUCCCUUCUCUCUUUCCUUUCCAUUUCCACUAGAAUCUGGUUCAAAGCUAGUUCAUAUUUUUCAUUUUUCACUCUCUUUUUUUCCAUGGAUUAUUAUUCCACUUACCUUUCUGUAGAACUAGAACCCCCUAAUAUUUUGAGACUCUCUGCUUAAUAUGCAUGUUGGUUUUCAUUUUUAUUGAAGUGAAAACAAAAAACAAAAGGAACAGUGAAGGGUGGAGGUGGGGUUUGUUUGUUUCCUUUGUGAAGAAGGAGAUUUUCUUAACUUUUUUCACAAUUUGGAACCAUUGGGUGCAAGAAAGACAGUUUCUUUUUCAUCUCUGAGCUGGUUUCCUUCCUUCAAUUUGAGUACCCAAUAGCGGUGGUUGCACAAAACUACACUCUUUUUUUCUGUCUCUAUUCAAUCAAAUUAUUCUCUUUUCACACCCCAUUUUCCCCUUAAACACUGCCUCCAUCCAAUAAGGCCAAAGCUUUUUCUACAAUUUCACAUGCCAAGGCACUACCUUAACUAGUUUAGGUGCAAGAAUCUUCUUGUUGUUCUUGUAGCUUUCUUUGUUUGUCCUUCAAUUGUGAUUUAUUGUUGUGGGAGUGAAGAAACAUGGCUAUGGCUGUGGCUCAACAUAGAGGUGAAAGCAGCAGCAGUGGUAGCAUUGAUAAGCACCUUGAUGGUGGGAAAUAUGUGAGGUACACUGCUGAACAAGUUGAGGCUCUUGAAAGGGUUUAUGCUGAGUGCCCCAAGCCUAGUUCCCUCAGGAGACAGCAACUUAUCAGAGAGUGUCCUAUUCUUUCCAACAUUGAGCCUAAGCAAAUCAAGGUUUGGUUUCAGAAUCGCAGGUGUAGAGAGAAGCAGAGAAAAGAGGCUUCAAGGCUUCAGACGGUGAACCGAAAACUCUCAGCAAUGAACAAGUUGUUGAUGGAGGAAAAUGAUCGGUUGCAGAAACAGGUAUCACAGCUUGUAUGCGAGAAUGGGUUCAUGCGGCAACAAUUGCACACUACACCAGGAGCAAACACUGAUGCUAGUUGUGAUUCGGUGGUUACUACUCCUCAACAUACCAUGAGAGAUGCUAAUAACCCUGCUGGACUCCUAUCAAUUGCAGAGGAGACUUUGACAGAGUUCCUUUCAAAGGCUACAGGAACUGCUGUAGAUUGGGUCCAGUUGCCUGGGAUGAAGCCUGGUCCGGAUUCGGUUGGGAUCUUUGCGAUUUCACAAAGUUGCAGUGGAGUGGCAGCCCGAGCCUGUGGUCUUGUUAGUUUAGAACCUACAAAGAUUGCAGAGAUCCUUAAAGAUCGUCCAUCUUGGUUUCGGGAGUGUCGAAGCCUAGAAGUUUUCACAAUGUUUCCUGCAGGAAAUGGAGGAACCAUAGAGCUUGUCUACACUCAGACGUAUGCUCCCACAACACUGGCUCCUGCCCGGGAUUUUUGGACUCUUAGAUACACUUCAAGUUUGGACAAUGGCAGUCUUGUGGUUUGUGAGAGGUCUCUGUCUGGUUCUGGCUCGCGCCCAAAUCCUGCUGCUGCGGCUCAGUUUGUAAGGGCUGAAAUGCUCCCUAGUGGCUACUUGAUUCGACCGUGUGAUGGUGGAGGGUCAAUUAUCCACAUUGUUGACCACCUAAAUCUUGAGGCAUGGAGUGUGCCAGAAGUGUUGCGACCACUUUAUGAAUCAUCGAAGGUCGUAGCUCAGAAAAUGACAAUUGCGGCGCUCCGAUAUAUCAGGCAAAUAGCUCAAGAAACAAGCGGUGAAGUGGUAUAUGGAUUGGGUAGGCAGCCUGCUGUUCUGCGAACCUUCAGCCAAAGAUUAAGCAGAGGGUUCAAUGAUGCUGUAAAUGGAUUCAAUGACGAUGGUUGGACUGUACUGAACUGUGAGGGUGCUGAGGAUGUAAUCAUUGCCGUUAAUUCGACAAAAAAUUUGAGCAGCACUUCUAAUCCAGCAAAUUCCCUCACAUUCCUCGGAGGAAUUCUCUGUGCCAAAGCUUCUAUGUUGAUCCAAAAUGUCCCACCUGCCGUUUUGGUUCGCUUUUUGAGGGAGCACCGGUCGGAAUGGGCUGAUUUCAAUGUUGAUGCUUAUUCAGCUGCAUCACUGAAAGCUGGCACCUAUGCCUAUCCUGGGAUGAGGCCUACAAGGUUCACUGGAAGUCAAAUAAUCAUGCCUCUCGGCCAUACAAUUGAACAUGAAGAGAUGCUAGAAGUCAUUAGACUUGAAGGCCACUCUAUAGCUCAAGAAGACGCAUUUGUUUCAAGAGACAUUCAUCUCUUACAGAUAUGUAGUGGAAUUGAUGAGAAUGCAGUGGGGGCUUACUCCGAGCUCAUAUUUGCUCCAAUCGAUGAAAUGUUCCCAGAUGAUGCUCCAUUAGUUCCCUCUGGUUUCCGCAUCAUCCCAUUGGAUUCAAAACCAGGUGAUAAAAAGGACGCAAUGAAUUCAAAUCGGACGCUGGAUUUGACAUCUGGUUUUGAAGUGGCUCCAGCAACAACUCAUGGUGCAGAUGCAUCAUCUAGUCACAACAGAUCAGUUUUGACGAUUGCCUUCCAGUUCCCGUUUGACAGCAGUUUGCAAGAUAAUGUUGCAGUCAUGGCACGCCAAUAUGUUCGCAGCGUGAUUUCCUCCGUGCAGAGGGUUGCCAUGGCUAUAUCUCCAUCUGGUAUAAACCCAACUGCUGGAUCAAAACUUUCUCCUGGUUCUCCAGAAGCAGUUACACUAGCUCAAUGGAUCUGUCAGAGCUAUAGUUACUAUUUGGGGACAGACUUGCUGAGAUCAGAUUCUCUUGUUGGAGAUAUGAUGCUGAAACAUCUGUGGCAUCAUCAGGAUGCUGUUCUAUGCUGUUCACUGAAGUCACUGCCUGUGUUCAUCUUUGCAAACCAAGCUGGCCUUGACAUGUUGGAAACAACGCUAGUGGCCUUACAAGACAUCACAUUGGAUAAAAUAUUUGAUGAGUCUGGACGCAAGGCAUUGUUUGCAGACUUUGCUAAGUUAAUGCAGCAGGGGUUUGCUUAUCUGCCAGCUGGGAUCUGCAUGUCCACGAUGGGGCGGCAUGUUUCAUAUGAGCAAGCCAUUGCAUGGAAAGUGCUUACUGCAGAAGAUAACAACACUGUUCACUGCUUAGCUUUCACUUUCAUAAAUUGGUCAUUUGUAUGAAACCACAUUUCAAGUGCCCUUCCUUUUCCCCACUUGAAUAUGAAAAAAAAUUAAGGGGUGAAGAGGAAACGAUCAAUUUGGAAGAGAAAAGAAGUCCGAAAAUUUUGUUCAUAUACUAUUGUUAACUCAGGAUCAAUCAGGUUUGAAUUUAAUUAGAUUUAAUUUAUUUCUUACUAGUUGCACUGACCAAGUUCAAUUAAUCUUGUAAAUUACUGCUAGUGAGUGCUUGAGUGGGGACUCAAAUUGUCAGGUAUGGAGUUACUUGUCUUUGUUUGUA